AUGGCAGAACCGUCGAACACCUCUCUUCCACCGGCGACUAAGAGCUGGGCCGACCAAGCAGACGAAGAAACCAACCCAUCCUCAAGCUCCACUGCCGAAACACCAACCCUCAACGUCGAUGAAUUGGCCAUUGACGAGGACAAAAAGUCUUCUGCAAAGUUCUUAGACGAUCCCGAUGACUCCAACAUCCAAGCGGUUACAUCCGGUGACACUCCCUACACUUCGGCAGCGACAUUUGAAGAGCUGUCUUUAUCGGCAGAGCUUCUGAAGGGACUAUACGUAGAGAUGAAGUUUCAAAAACCUAGCAAGAUACAAGCAGUGAGCUUGCCAAUGAUCCUCAAUCCUCCUAAUAGGGAUUUGAUUGCACAAGCACAUAAUGGUUCAGGGAAAACCACUUGUUUUGUGCUUGGGAUGCUUAGUCGUGUUGAUCCAACUUUGCAAGCUCCUCAAGCUCUCUGCAUUUGCCCCACUAGAGAGUUGGCUAUUCAGAACAUUGAAGUUCUCCGGAAGAUGGGGAAGUACACAGGGAUCAGCUCAGAAUGUGCAGUUCCUAUGGACAGAAGGGAUUCGAUUCCAAUUUCAAAAAGGUCGCCUAUUAUGGCUCAGAUUGUUAUUGGUACUCCAGGCACGAUUAAGAAUUUGAUGACUUAUAAGAAACUUGGGGUUACAAGAUUGAAGAUUCUUGUUUUUGACGAGGCUGAUCAAAUGCUUGCUGAGGAUGGAUUCAAAGAUGACUCACUGAGGAUAAUGAAAGAAAUAGAAAAAUUCAAUUCAACCUGUCAGGUUCUUCUGUUUUCUGCUACAUUUAAUGACGUUGUCAAGAAUUUUGUUACAAGGAUUGUUGAGAAGAAGGAGCAUAAUAAACUUUUCGUGAAGAAAGAGGAGCUAUCUUUAGAUGCAGUGAAGCAGUACAAAGUUCGUGUUCCUGAUGAACUUGCUAAGAUUGAAGUGAUUAAAAGUUAUAUAUUUGAAAUAGGAGAGAAUGUGGGGCAAACUAUUAUAUUUGUGCGCACUAGAAAUAGUGCAAAAAUGUUGCAUAAAGCCCUUGUUGAAUUAGGCUAUGAAGUUACUUCCAUACAAGGUGCUCUUGAACAUGACGAGAGAGACAAGAUAGUCAAAGAGUUUAAAGAUGGUUUGACUCAGGUUCUUAUAUCAACUGAUGUUCUUGCCCGUGGCUUUGAUCAGCAACAGGUUAAUUUGGUUAUCAACUAUGAUCUUCCACUGAAGUAUGCGGCUGAGUAUAUCCGUGGCCGUGAACCUGAGCCUGAUUGUGAGGUCUAUUUGCACAGGGUUGGUAGGGCUGGGCGAUUUGGGCGCAAGGGUGCUGUAUUUAACUUGAUAUGUGACGAAAGGGAUGAAAAGCUGAUGUCAAAGAUUGAAAACCAUUUUGGAACCCAUGUAACAGAGGUGCGAGAAAGAAGUGUCGAAGACUAUAAAGCUGCUCUUAAGGAAGCUGGUUUACUUAUUUGA